AUGUCGAAUCUCUACAUUCAAGAACCGCCAACAAGUGGAAAAGUUGUACUCCACACAACAGCUGGUGACAUCGACAUUGAACUCUGGUCAAAAGAAGCGCCCAAGGCGACGCGUAAUUUCAUUCAACUAUGCUUAGAGGGCUACUACACGGGGACGAUUUUUCAUAGGGUAGUUCCACAAUUUAUAAUUCAGGGUGGGGAUCCUACUGGUACUGGAGAAGGGGGCGAUUCCAUUUAUGAAGCACCUUUUCCUGAUGAAUUUCACACACGACUUCGAUUCGUACGAAGAGGUCUUGUAGCGAUGGCUAACGCGGGGAGAAAUGAUAAUCGAAGUCAAUUUUUUAUAACUUUAAACGCGACGGAAGAGUUACAAAAUAAGCAUACCAUAUUUGGAAAAGUUGUCGGUGAUACUAUCUUUAACGUGUUGAAAAUUGGUGAACUGGAAGUUGAUGCGGAUGAACGUCCGUUUUAUCCACCGUCAAUCUUGUCCACGGAAGUACUGGCUAAUCCAUUUGAUGAUAUCGUUCCGCGAGUUUCGUUAAGAGAACGACAGGCUCAAGAGGUGUUAAUCUUUAUUUCUUAUAGAAAUAUCGCGUUAUUGUCAUUUGGAGAAGAAGCAACUGAAAUUGAUAGUACCGGUGACCUUAACCUAAAAAUAAAAAGCAGUCAUGAUUUGAUAGAUGAUGAUCCGCGACUCAGUAAAGAACCUGCUGUAAAUAUGUCGGAGAUAACUCAAAAGGAGACGCAAAAAUUGGAAACAACAAAGAAAAGGAUUCAUGGGACGAUAGAAAAUACAGAAGAUAAUGAAGACGAGAGUCCGGAGGAUUUCGACAGGAAAAUGAAGGCAAAUGUUAAACAAAUGGUUGAAAAUAUGCAAAAAGAAUCCAUGUCUAAAGACAAAAACCAACAUCUAUCUAAAUCUGAAAUAAUUCGUCAAGAAAUCCAACAAGUUACGCAAGACAUAAAAAAGUUAAAUAAAUCUAAAGAUACAAAUAUUUCUCAAGAGGAUCGUCCCAAAAAAAAAUCGAAAUUGGAAUCAAAUUUCUUGGAAACUGAACGAACAAGAUAUCUAAAAUCCGGAAAGGCAGCAAUUGCUCGAAGGAAAAAAGGAAGCGAAGAAGAUACGUUAGCAAAACUGCGAGCAUUUCAACAUAAAAUCGACACUGCGCCACCAGAAAAUCCUUUAGUAGAUCAAGAAACAGUUAAUGGAAGCGAUGAACCAUGUACCUUGCAUUCAGUGCCAAAUUGUCAGUCAUGUCGUGAUACAUUUGGUCAAUCGCAGAAUGACUUGACAGAUGAAGGAUGGUUAUCCCAUCAAUUGGUAUUUGAAAAAGAUCAUAAGGGCAAAGAUCUCAUGCAACGAAGGGAUGACCCAGAUGAUUUUAUUGUAAUUGAUCCUUUAGCGCGUAAACAACAGGCAUUUGAAGAAGAAAAAAAGAAACGUGCACAAAAGAGUGGAAAAAUAAGUGAAGUAUUCACGCAAAGUAGUAGCAGCAGUCAUCAGAGAGAACGGGAACCGAAUCCAGGCGGGAUCGAGAUAGUUACAGGAGUUCAAGACGAAGAUAAAAUUAUUCUUUGGGUUGGUUACUCACAAAUCGCGAGUUUGGCAUAUGGUGUUUAUUUGACUUAUUUCAAAAAAGAGCUGGUUGAAAGACAGAGAAAUUUCAAAAGGGAUAUACUAAGCAUUAAACAAGAAUUGGGAAGGACAAGUUCACAGGAUCAAUUUUCUAAAUGGGCUAAAUUGCGGCGAAAAAUGGAUAGUAAAAUGAAUGACCUGGACAAAUUAUCAAAAUCUCUGGGAUUCCUGAAAACUUCGUUUGAAGUGAAAUUCACAACUUCCUUAUGGUUAUUUACAAAUGGGAUUCAAGUAGUAAUGAUGAUCUGGUAUCGAACAUCACCCGUGUUUUAUUUGCCAAAGGACUGGUUUAGUCCCGUAACGUGGAUGUUUUCGUUGCCAUUAGCUCCAUCAGGAUCUGUAAGUGUGACCAUGUGGUUUAUAAUAUGUCGGAAAGUUUUAAGGAAAUUGGUGGGUACAAGCAAAGAAAUACGCCAACUAUACCUAAAAUAUGCACCAGAUCAAGUGAAGGAACACGUAUCAAAAUUAUCAAGCGUUGCCAUAGAUUGGAUUAGAUUGCAGAUAAAAGCUACAGUGGCGAAAGUGAUGUCUGCAAAGGUGGAAAAGACAGCUACGCAAACGCCAACAAAAGUUAUUACUCAGUCCUCUUCCACCGUUAAUCCAUCCUCGGUUGGAUUGACGACAGGAGAGAAAGCCGGCACAAGUAAAAAUAGAACUAAUUCCUCAAAUAUCUUCUAUAAUAAGAAGUUUGAAGCAAUACCAGAAAUAGAAUCUGAAACAACAGUUCAUCAUAAUAAUAAUAAUACAUGA